AUGGCGUCUCAUGCAAGAUCAAAGUUUAGAAAUGUUCUGAUUUUUAAAACAUUAAAAGCAAACUGGAAAAGAAGACAGAAAUUGCAAAAUAUGCUAGCCAUGCUUUUAAUGCGGCAACAAACGUUUAUAACAGUUUUAGCGCUAAUAUCUUUGGUUUUGUAUUCAUCGACGAAGAUUGCUACAAGGAUGCCGAGGAUACGUUCUUGUAGACGAAAGCUUAGAAGGAUAGGUUGGUGGGAGUCAGUUUGGAAUACAUAUUCAGAUAAACGUUUUAAGAAAACAUUUAGAAUAUCCAAAGCGACAUUCAGUUACAUUCUGGACAGAAUAAAAGCGGAUAUUCAACGUAAACAGCCUAGACGAUGGGGGUUUGUGGAGGAACCAAUUUCUCCUGCAUGCAGAUUGGGAAUAGCAUUAUACAGGCUUGGCCGUGGAGACUAUUAUUACACGAUCUCUGAAAUGACUGGCUUUGGUGUAGCGACAGUAUGUAACAUAACAAUAGAUGUUUCACAGGCGAUUGUCAAAAACCUUUGGAAAGAAGCUGUUUCUAAUAAAUUCCCAUCAACUUUGGAACAUUUUAAGGAAUGUGCGCUGGAUAUGGAAGAAAUGUGGCAAUUUUCUGCGUUAGAUGGUUGCCAUAUCCCAAUAAAAAUGCCAAGAGGUGGGGCAAAUUCUGCUAAAGAAUACCACAAUUUCAAAAAUUUUUAUUCCAUCGUACUGAUGGGAAUGGUUAAUGCCAAGAUGCAAUUCAUUUGGGCAAGUGUUGGCUGCCCUGGAAGCAAUCACGACUCUAUCAUAUUCAGAUCAACUAGCCUUUAUUCAAAAAUGAUGGAAAACUAUAUUUUACCAACAUUUACAAAACUUAUUAAAGGCGUGAAAGUUCCUUUCAUGAUUCUAGCUGAUUCAGCCUUUCCACACUUGCCCUGGAUUCAAAAGCCAUACACAAAUGCUGUUUUAUCGGAAAAACAACGUUAUUUUAAUAAUAGGCUAAGCCGGGCAAGGAUGGUCGUAGAAAGUGCGUAUGGGAUGCUCAAGUCAAGAUGGCGAGUGCUGCACAGAAAAUGUGACAGCAACAAUGAGACAAUGAAAGUAAAAACUCUGGCAUGUAUUGUUUUACACAAUAUAUGCAUCGACUAUGGCGAAAAUAUCUCAACAAAUUUAGACUUGACAGUCAAUCCAGAAAACCCUUCCCAAAAAAGACCAAGAGAUGCCAUCAGGGACCUAUUACAUAUGACAAGGUCACGUCCAAUAAGAAGUACAACGAAAUCAGCUACACAAAUUAGAAAUGCUUUAACUGAAAAAUUUUGGAGAGAACAUGAAACUGGUGUUGUUAUUUAG